CUUGUUGGCCAUUUUACGACUCUCAUCCUCCGUCACCCCCCGUUGUGUCGUCGUCACCACCGCGUCCAUCCUCUUUUGCACUGCACAAAUGGCAUCUUCCUAUUAAUCCAACAUCGAAGCACGUACGAUUGGGUCGUAUCGGAAUCACAUGGGGCACCAGAGUAGUGAUCCUGAUGCCUCCCUCGCUGGCGAUGACUUCCGCUUUGACUACCUCUCCGGCUUCGGCAAUCACUUUUCCUCCGAGGCACUCGCCGGAGCUCUUCCUCCUGACCAGAACAGUCCUCUCAUUUGCCCCUAUGGCCUCUACGCCGAGCAAAUCUCUGGUACCUCUUUCACCUCCCCUCGCAACCUCAAUCUCCGCAGUUGGCUUUAUCGGGUCAAGCCUUCGGUGACCCACGAACCGUUUAAGCCUCGGGUCCCAUCGAAUGGGAGACUCUUGAGUGAGUUCAAUCAGUCGAACAGUUCUGCAAACCCGACUCAGCUCCGGUGGAAACCCGUGGAUAUACCCGAUUCACCCAAGGAUUUUGUGGAUGGGCUGUUCACGAUUUGUGGUGCUGGCAGCUCAUUCCUACGUCAUGGAUAUGCUAUACACAUGUACACUGCCAACAAGUCCAUGGACAAUUGUGCUUUUUGCAACGCUGAUGGCGACUUCCUUGUAGUUCCUCAAAAAGGAAGGCUCUUAAUCAUGACUGAAUGUGGAAGAUUAGAGGUUUCCCCUGGUGAACUAGCUGUAUUACCUCAAGGGUUUCGUUUUGCUGUUUCUCUGCCUGAUGGUCCAUCCCGUGGAUAUGUUGCUGAGAUUUUUGGUGCUCAUUUUCAGCUUCCUGAGCUUGGACCCAUAGGUGCUAACGGCCUCGCUGCUCCAAGGGAUUUCCUCGUUCCUACAGCAUGGUUUGAAGACAAUUCCUAUCCUGGCUACGCUAUCAUACAAAAGUUUGGUGGUGAACUAUUUGUUGCAGUACAAGAUUUCUCUCCAUUCAAUGUUGUUGCUUGGCAUGGUAACUAUGUUCCAUAUAAGUAUGAUCUAAGCAAAUUUUGCCCAUACAACACUGUUCUGUUCGAUCAUAGUGACCCUUCAAUAUUUACUGUUUUGACUGCACCAACUGAUAAGCCCGGAGUGGCACUGCUUGAUUUUGUCAUCUUCCCACCUAGGUGGCUGGUUGCUGAGCACACAUUCCGGCCUCCAUAUUAUCAUCGCAAUUGCAUGAGUGAAUUUAUGGGCCUUAUUUAUGGUGGUUAUGAGGCAAAGGUUGAUGGCUUUCUCCCUGGUGGUGCAAGUCUCCACAGCUGCAUGACUCCUCAUGGUCCUGAUACUAAGUCAUACGAGGCUACCAUCGAUCGUGGGAAGGAUGUAGGACCUCAGAAAAUCACGAACACAAUGGCUUUUAUGUUUGAAUCGAGUUUAAUACCUCGUAUAUGUAGAUGGGCUCUGGAAUCUCCAUUCAUAGAUCAUGAUUACUACCAGUGUUGGAUUGGCCUGAAAUCUCAUUUCACACUUCAUCGCGCAACAGAUCGUGAAGCAACCUCCUUGCAGAAUGGACAUGAUGAGAAGUAAGAAAAAUGCUUGCAGGUGAUUGUGAUCUAAAAUAGAGAAGAAUAAAGAGGAGGCAGAUUCAGUAUUUGCCUUCGUUGUGUACAUAUUUUAAUGUACAGGAUGCCCAAUAUCCGUCUAUCGUAAUCUUUACCGGUGACAUAAAGAAUAUGUGUGGCUUUGUCUGUGUAGAAUAUAAAUAAAUAAAUAAUAUAUUUUCUUAAGGUAAAA